GCAUUAUAUAACAACCGAAAGUUUCAUGUUGUGUCUGCCAUUGGUCUCAAAUGCUAAGAAAGUUCCCUUUUUAUGAUCUCUGAGAAAGAAUUGGAUUCGAAGUUGUGGUUUUUGCGCAAAUGGGUAUCGAUCAACGUCGGUGGCGGUGGUGGAACGCCGUCGUUUUUAUCGGAAUGGUCGGCGUUACCGGUUCCAACAGCCAGGAGAAGCAGAAACAAGUGGUGUCUCGAAUUGCCUUUGGAUCAUGCUCCAACCAGAGCGCUCCUCAGCCCAUUUGGGAUGCAGUGGUUGACUUCCAUCCCCAAGUUUUUAUAUGGCUGGGAGAUAACAUUUAUGGAGACUUCAAACGCCCUUUCAAAAUAUUUGGACAGGAAAGGACUGUUGGGCCGUGGAAGAAUGUUCCACGAUUUGUUCCUUCCUCUGAGCAAGAAAUGAAGACUAGAUAUGAAAAAGCUAAGUCUAAUCCUGGCUAUGCUCGACUUCAACAGAAUGCUGAGGUUAUUGGUACAUGGGAUGAUCAUGAUUAUGGAUUAAAUGAUGCAGGGAAAGAAUUUCAUGGCAAAAUAACCAACCAAAAGUUGCUUCUUGAUUUCUUGGACGAACCUCAAGAUAGCCCACGGCGGAAACAGGCUGGUGUAUAUGCCUCAUAUAUGUAUGGUCCUGUAGGUAGAGAUAUCAAGAUUGUCCUCUUAGAUACCAGAUAUCACAGAGACCCUGUAGGAAGUGAUGGAACCAUUUUGGGGAAUUCACAAUGGUUGUGGUUGGAGAAAGAGCUCAAGGGUCCACCAACAGCUCUUACCAUAAUUGGAUCUUCUAUUCAGGUUAUAUCAAAUCUUUCAGCAACCAUUCGUCCAUUGUUUGCAAUGGAAUCAUGGGCUCGUUUUCCAAAGGAAAGAGAUCGCCUUUUUAAAUUAAUCGCUGAUAGUAAGAGGGCUGGAGUAUUUUUUAUUAGUGGAGAUGUUCACUUUGGAGAAAUCACGAGAUAUGAUUGUGCUUUGGACUAUCCACUAUAUGAUUUAACCUCAAGUGGAGUUACACAAUCAGUUGAGGAGGUUGUCCCACAUUUCUUGCGUUCUUUUGUGAGAUUUGUGGCAUGGUUGACCCCAUCUACAAUGAGAGUUAAGGACCAAAACUGCAGAUACAAAUCUUGUAUUUAUGGUCAGACAAACUUUGGAACUAUUGAAAUAGAUUGGGACUCUCACCCAGUGACUCUGAAAUUCAAAGUCAGGGACAAGGAUAGCAUCAUGGUUACAGGUGUUGAUGUUUCAUUAAUGGAAUUACAACCAUCAAAUUCAGAGGUUUUAGACAGAGCAAAAACAGAACAUAAUAAUUCAAAACAUUGCACUCUUGAAGUUAGUCUGCCAUGGAUUGUAAGACAUCGCCUGGCGAUCUUGUUUUUUUCCGCCUUAUUUGUGUUGCUUGUUGUAUUCGUAGUGCUAGUUUACACUUGCUUCAGAUUUUGCCGACUUGAAAGCUGCAAAAGAAAGCACGAUUGAUACAGGUAGAUUCGUACAGAGUCACCAAAAGGGAACAUGUGUUAUUACUUAUUAUCUCUUCUUCUUUGUAGAUUUAACAUCAGUGGUUAUAGGCCAAUAAGAUGUAUAAAUUAUUCUUGUACUGUUUCCACUAAUCAAUCCUUCAUCAAUAAGUACACUUAGAAGUUGUUGUUUUUUGAAAGAAAAUUGGUGGUUGAGCCAUUAGAUAUGAUGCAUAUAAUGCCAUGGUGGAAUUCAGUAGCUUUAGGUGCUGCUUCAUGUGAUUAAUUUGUUAGUAUUUCAUAAGUUUGUGGUCGA